UGGGUCACCUGGAACAGGAAUUACAGACAGUAGUGAACACCAUGUAGGUGCUGGGAAUUGAAUCCAGGUCCUCUGGAAGAACAGUCAGUGCUCUUAACCACUGAGCCAUCUCUCCAGCCCGUUUUUUCUUUUCCUUUUAUUUUUUCUUUUCUCGAGACAGUUUCUCUGUGUAACAACUCUGGCCAGGCUGGCCUGGAACUCAGAGACUCAGACAUCCACCAAGGCACCACUGCCCAGAUUUCUUUUACAUAUUCCGGGCUACCUGGAAGUUCUGCCUGAUUUUCUUGCCUCGGUUUCCUGAGUGCUCAGGAUUAUAGGCACGCUUUCAUCCUUUCAGCGCUAUUAUGGUUUGUGGAGGACCACCAGCCUUAGAUUUGUGACCCAAAUUGGACACGUCCUAGAGCCAAAACAGACUUCACCGAUGGCAGCAGGAAGUCACCUUAUGUGCCCUCAUGUUUGUCCAGGGGAGGGGGCACCCUGACUGGCCAGACAAGUUACUCUUCCUCAACCUCAGGCCUGGGGUAAGGAGAUGGCUGUAGCCCCGGUCACGUGUGUUUGUGGUAUAAUAACCUCAACUCUCUUGGGGGUAGCUAUUCCCAGUAUAACCGUAAACUCCAAGGAAGUAGGUCUAGCUGGCUCCCCUCGUCCAUGUUCCCAGGGCAUUAUUGUAUAUGAAUUCACCCACCUCACUUGGAAGACAAUCGUUUAAUGUAGGUUUGUCAGCCUUCACCGAGCAUGGUUGAAAGGAGUGCUGCUUUCCCCCACCUCCUCUAUUCGGCUUCUUGCCUCUCUUCCUCUUUUUCAAUGCUCUUGUCGUUUCUCGAAAGGAGAACUGAGAACUUCUGGCUCUGGCUAGUGGGUUCUAAACCUGGAAGUGGGGAGUCACCUGGGUUUUCCAGGUCUAGGUCUUCAGGGCCUUCACCGUGGCACAGUGGCCACAUCUGAUUGUUGGACGGAGCACCGGCUCUGACUUGGGGGCCAACUGGGGUCAGUGUCUUGCUCGUCCGCUGGGUGGUGGGGAUCCGCUUGGUUGCAGGGGGCCCUCCCAGCCACCAGGGGUCGCGCUGCAGGCGGCAGGGUGCUGGGCAGGAGCUAGCCAGGGUCACGGCCGCGGGCCCGGGUGGGGGGGGUGGAAUAGCGGAGGUGCUCGCGGCUCUCGGGUUGGGGGGGUGAGUGUAGAAAGCAGGGCGCGCGGAAGAGCGCGGGGUCCCCAGCACCGGGGCAGCCGGAGGACCGCGCGGCCGGAGCUAGCGGCGCGGCAGCAGUCCCCGCGUGGCGCCGCGCGGGGACGCUGGGACCGCCCAGAUCUCUCCACCGUGCCCGGCGCUCUCGCCCGCCUCAUCUUCCUUCAGCCCAGGCGCGAGCGGCUCCCAAGUCGAGCGCGCCAUGUCCGGGGCUGGAUAGCAGCCCGGUCGCCCGCCGGCCCGCCAGCCCGCCCUCCAAGCCACCCGCCAGCGGGCCGGCUGGGGAGUCCCAGGGCAGGCAGGAAGUAACCUCCCUUCCCCUCUGAAGCACUCUCCCAGCCUCUGGCCCCUUGCAAGCCACCCACCAGGCUUCUUCCCACCUUCAGCACCCUGGGGCACCUCAGGACUCUUGGGGCUUCCACUCCUCAGGGUCAGGCCAUGAAGGCAGAUGCCGUGAGUGAAGGGGGGGCCAUGGCUGAGGAGCGGCCUCCCCGAUUGGUGGAUUAUUUCGUGGUGGCUGGGCUUGCAGGAGAUGGAGCACCUAUGCCUGAGGAGACCUGGGUUCCUGAACCUACUGGGCCCCGGCGCCCUCCUAGGCCAGCGGAACCUAUUACAGAUGUGGCAGUCAUUGCUAGAGCACUGGGCGAGGAGGUGCCCCAGGGCUACACGUGCAUCCAGACGUCUGCUGGUGGCCACCCCUUGGAGCUCAGUGCCGGGCUCCUGGGUGGAACUCAGCCAGUCAUCUGCUACCGCAGGGGGCGUGACAAGCCCCCCCUCGUUGAGCUGGGGGUGUUAUAUGAAGGGAAGGAACGUCCUAAACCUGGCUUCCAAGUGCUUGACACAACACCAUAUAGUCACUCAGCCAACUUGGCCCCUCCAGGCCCUGGGCAUCCUCGCACCUACCUCAUGUACCGGCGGGCAGCAGAGGGGGCAGGGUUGCAUGCCCUGGGCAUCACUGACCUUUGCCUGGUUCUGCCCAGCAAGGGUGAGGGCACUCCUCACACUUACUGCCGGUUGCCACGCAACCUCAACCCUGGCAUGUGGGGCCCAGCAGUGUACCUGUGCUACAAGGUGGGCCUGGCCAAGGCCAACACGCUGGUGUAUGAGGCAGAGCUGCUGGGCCGCUACCCACAGGAAGACAAUGAGGCAUUCCCGCUGCCCGAGUCAGUGCCAGUCUUCUGCCUGCCCAUGGGAGCCACUAUUGAGUGCUGGCCUGCCCAGACCAAGUACCCAGUGCCCGUCUUCUCCACCUUUGUGCUCACAGGGGCUGCCGGUGAUAAGGUGUAUGGUGCCGCCUUGCAGUUCUAUGAAGCGUUCCCGAGGGCCAGGCUGUCAGAGAGGCAGGCACGGGCACUGGGCCUGUUGAGUGCCGUGGAACGGGGCCGGGCACUGGGAGGCCGAGCGGUGCGCAGUCGGCGCGCCAUUGCUGUGCUGUCCCGCUGGCCAGCCUUCCCAGCCUUCAGAGCUUUCCUCACCUUCCUUUACCGCUACUCCGUCUCAGGCCCCCACCGUCUGCCCUUGGAAGCGCACAUCUCCCACUUCAUUCACAACGUCCCGUUCCCUUCCCCACAGAGACCACGCAUCCUAGUGCAGAUGUCUCCCUAUGACAACCUGCUCCUCUGUCAGCCUGUCUCCUCACCCCUGCCCCUCAGUGGUGCUAGCUUUCUGCAGCUGCUGCAGAACCUGGGCCCAGAAUUGGCUAUUACGUUGCUGCUGGCUGUGCUCACGGAGCACAAACUGCUGGUCCACUCGCUGCGGCCAGAUCUGCUCACCAGUGUCUGCGAGGCCCUUGUCUCAAUGAUCUUCCCACUGCACUGGCAGUGCCCCUACAUUCCGCUGUGCCCGCUGGUGCUGGCGGAUGUGCUGAGCGCUCCUGUGCCCUUCAUUGUGGGUAUCCACUCCAGUUAUUUUGAUCUGCACGACCCACCUCCUGAUGUCAUCUGUGUUGAUCUCGAUACCAACACGCUCUUCCAAACGGAGGAGAAGAAGCCCCUCUCUGCUAGGACCCUGCCUCGCAGACCAUACAAGCUUUUGCUGGCCACACUGACGAAUCUGUACCAGCAGCUGGACCAGACUUACACUGGACCAGAAGAGGAGGCCUCCCUGGAAUUCCUGCUGACAGACUACGAGGCAGUGUGUGGCCGCCGGACACGCCUGGAGCGGGAAGUCCAGGGAGCCUUUCUGCGCUUCAUGGCUUGUCUGCUCAAAGGCUACAGGGACUUCUUGCGUCCCCUCACCGAGGCCCCCUCUGAGGGGUCUCGUGACGUCGACAACCUUUUCUACCUUCAGGGUUUCCUCAAGUCCCGGGAACGCUCGAGCCACAAGCUGUACUCCCAGCUGCUGCACACACAGAUGUUCUCACAGUUCAUCGAGGAAUGCUCUUUUGGCUCUGCCCGCCAUGCUGCCCUUGAGUUCUUUGACUCUUGUGUCGAUAAGGUCCACCCAGAGCAGGAGAAGCCUGAGCCAACACCCUUAGUGGAACUGGAGGAGCUCUCAGGAAGCGAGCUCACUGUCUUCAUCACACCCCCAGAGGAUCCCCCAGUACUGGAAGGCAGUGAAUCUGCUCCCCAGUACUGUUACGAUGGGUUUCCAGAGCUAAGAGCUGAGCUAUUUGAGUCUCCUCAGGAACAACAGGGAGCGCUGCCUGUGCCCGGCCCAUCCCGUAGUGCCCCUAGCAGUCCUGCGCCUCGCCGAACCAAACAGGAGAUGAAGGUUGCACAGCGAAUGGCCCAGAAGUCAGCCACUGUGCCUGAGCUGUGGGCCCGGUGCCUACUAGGUCACUGCUAUGGAUUGUGGUUCCUGUGCCUGCCUGCCUAUGUGCGUUCGGCGCCCUCCCGGGUGCGAGCCCUGCAUAAAGCCUACCACGUGUUGCGUGAGAUGGAGAGCCGCAAGGUGGUGCUCCCUGAUGAGGUGUGUUACCGGGUGUUGAUGCAGCUCUGCUCACACUAUGGGCAGCCCGUGCUGUCUGUGAAAGUCAUGCUAGACAUGCGGCGGGCAGGCAUUGUGCCCAACACCAUCACCUACGGCUACUACAACAAGGCUGUGCUGGAAAGCAAAUGGCCAUCUGGUACACCGGGUGGACGCCUACGCUGGGCCAAGCUCCGGAAUGUUGUCUUGGGGGCUGCUCAGUUCCGCCAGCCCUUGAAAGACAGACGGCAGCAGCAGCAGCAGCAGCAGCAGCAGCAGGUGGCUGUGCAUCAAGAGUCGGGCAGCUCUCAGACAGAACCCUGUCUGGAGCGCCCCUCCCCAACACGCCCUCUUCAGCGCCAGACGACUUGGGCAGGGCGAAGUCUGCGGGAGCCAUCCUCACCCACCGGGCGCCUGGUCAAGAGUGGCAGCCUGGGCAGUGCUCGAGGGGCACAGCCCACUGUGGAGGCUGGUGUAGCACACAUGAUAGAGGCCUUGGGGGUCCUCGAGCCCCGUGGAUCACCUGUGCCUUGGCAGGAUGGAAGUCUGUCAGACCUGAGUCUGACGGGGGAAGAACUGGCACCUGGAGGAAGCCCAGGGGGCUCUGGCUCAGCCCUCAGUACCCGCUCCACCGAGGCCCUAGAAGGGAUAAGUGGGCGGGGUCCCAAAACUAGUGGCUGUCAGGAGGAGGUGGGCACCCCCAGAAAAGGGCUGGGUGCCCGCCUCCAACAGCUGCUCACCCCUUCCCGCCGCUCCUCUGUCUCCCGCAUCCCCCAACCUGAGUUGCCCACUGACCUUCCUCCUGCGGCCCGCCGAAGUCCCAUGGAUAGCCUUCUGUGGCCCCGAGAACGCCCUGGAUCCACUGCUUCUGAGAGUUCCGCCUCUCUGGGCAGUGAGUGGGAUCUUUCAGAGUCUUCUCUUAGCAGCCUGAGCCUUCGCCGUUCCUCAGAGCGUCUCAGUGACACCCCUGGAUCUUUCCAGCCUCCUUCCCUAGAAAUUCUGCUGUCCAGCUGCUCCUUGUGCCGAGCCUGUGACUCCCUGGUGUGCGAUGAGGAAAUCAUGGCUGGAUGGGCACCCGAUGACUCUAACCUCAAUACAACUUGCCCCUUCUGCGCCUCUUCCUUUGUGCCCCUGCUCAGUGUCCAGACCCUUGAUUCUCGACCCAGUGCCCCAAGCCCACAGUCUGCCCUUGCUGGUGCCAGUGGCAGUCAAGACGCCCCUGUCCCUGGGGGUCCCGGCCCUGUGCUCAGUGACCGGAGGCUCUGUCUUGCCCUGGAUGAACCCCAGCACUGCAAUGGCUAUGUGGGGAGUGCUUCCCGGAGAGUUGAGAAUGGGGCGUGGGCAUACCUGAGCCCCUUGGUACUGCGGAAGGAACUGGAGUCUCUGGUGGAGAAUGAAGGCAGUGAGGUGUUGGCAUUGCCUGAAUUGCCCGCUGCCCACCCCAUCAUCUUCUGGAACCUCCUGUGGUAUUUCCAACGCCUACGCCUGCCUAGUAUUCUACCAGGCUUGGUGUUGACCUCCCACGAUGAGCCUCCACCCGGCCAGCCCUCCCAGGGACCAUCUCCUAGGCUAACCCCUGACCCAGCCUCUGUGCAUGUACGUCUGCUGUGGGAUGUCCUGACCCCCGAUCCCAACAGCUGCCCACCUCUCUAUGUUCUCUGGAGGGUCCACAGCCAGAUCCCACAACGAGUAGUAUGGCCAGGCCCAGUGCCCUCGUGUCUUAGCUUGACAUUGCUGGAGUCAGUGAUGCGCCAUGUUGGACUUAACGAGGUUCAUAAAGCUGUUGGGCUCCUGCUGGAAACUCUAGGGCCCCCUCCCACUGGCCUGCACCUGCAGAGGGGAAUCUACCGUGAGAUCUUAUUCCUGACAAUGGCUGCUCUGGGCAAGGACCACGUGGACAUAGUGGCCUUCGACAAGAAGUACAAGUCUGCCUUUAACAAACUGGCCAGCAGCAUGGGCAAGGAGGAGCUGAGGCUGCGGCGGGCACAGAUGCCUACUCCCAAGGCCAUUGACUGUCGAAAAUGUUUUGGAGCACCUUUGGAAUGCUAGGGACCCUUAAGCCCCCCUCUUCUGCCUUGGGUGGAGAGGUGAGGUAGAGUGGAUUCUAGACAUAGCCUGACUCCCUCUUCCUUUCAUGGAAGAAUUUGAAUCAGGCUGCUCAGCCAUAGGCUCCAAGUGGAAAUAGCAGGAAGAGGGACUCACUGAUACCAAAAGUCACAAUUCCUCUAUCUCCAGCCUGCCCAGUUUGUUCAUGUUGAUUUUGAGGAGAGAGCUGGGGAAGUUGGCACAAGUCCAUUCUUUCUCCAUCCUAUUCCAGGGCCUCCUUCCCAGGGUAUCCUCAGAUCUGCAGUGUCCUGGGAGACUUAGAAGUUUUUGUUUUAAAAAACAACUGGAAACUCUGUCUCGGAAAAAAAAAAAAAAACAACUGGAAAGAUUUUGAGCUCCUGAGCCUUUGCCCCAUGGGAGGAGUCUCAUCCCCACUUCUCUGGCAUUGCUAAAGGAGCCCAAGGCAAUCCUAGCAUUUUAUUUUAUUUAGUUAUUUAUUCUGAGGCCACAGCUCCUACACUUAUGAGAUUCUCAAGGAGUGUAAAAAAGAGAAGGGAAUUAAGUUUGUAACUCCUUGAGAGCCAUGCACUGAGACCCAGAGGAGUCCCAAGCUUCCCUUGGGAAGAAUUGGUGCCUCUUCUAGUCCCGAUCCUUCUAGUCCACUUCACCUUGGGAAAUGCCUCUCCGGUCCAUGGCCUUGACCUGUGCAAUAAGGAUUGUUCUCUGCAAAGUUUUGUUGGAUGUAAAUAUAGUAAAAGCUGCUUCUGUCUUUU